UCGGGAUGGUUCCGCAGCCCCGGGAGCCCCGCGAGCGGCUCUGGGGGCGGCGCGGCGGGUGAGGAGAAGGCGGCGGGGCCGAGAGCGGCGUCCGAGGGUGUCCUGAAUGCCCGAGCAUGGACCCGGUGGCCACGCACAGCUGCCACCUCCUGCAGCAGCUGCACGAGCAGCGCAUCCAAGGCCUGCUGUGUGACUGCAUGCUGGUGGUGAAUGGCGUCUGCUUCAAAGCACACAAGAACGUCCUCGCAGCCUUCAGCCAGUACUUCAGGAGCCUCUUCCAGAAUUCUCCCGGCCAGAAGAAUGACGUUUUUCACUUGGAUAUUAAGAAUGUAAGCGGCAUUGGGCAGAUCCUGGACUUCAUGUACACGUCUCACCUGGACCUGAACCAGGACAAUGUGCAGCUGAUGCUGGACACAGCACAGUGUCUGCAGGUCCAGAACGUUCUCAGUCUGUGUCACACGUUCUUAAAGUCAGCCCCUGUGGAGCAGCCCCCCGGCAUGUCUUGUAGUGGUGCGUUCUCCCCGCAGGGCGCUCUGGCUCCGGACACCAGCUGUGCUCUCAGCGAAAGCUACUCUCCUCACUCACUGCCGGCGUGUGCGGCGGACGGGCAGCACAGUAAGGCCUUGGACGAGCCGCCCUCUCAGGCGCCACCGCCGGGUCACCUUCAUCACCCUGCAGGCGAAGCGUCGAAACUAGGCCCUGACACUUUAGACGGCAGCUGCACAGAACUGCCACUCAAGCAGCCAAAUUACUACUACAAACUCAGGAACUUGUACAGCAAGCAGUACUAUAAACAAGCCGCUUGUCCCAGUCACGAGAGAGUAACCGAGCAGCCCUUCGCUGUCAGCCCACCCACAGGCCCGGCCGCCGUGGAAAACCAGCCUUGUGCUGUCAGCCAUUCCGAGUGCGCCCUGCAGUCCGCGGAGCACCUGCCUCCCAGCUUCCCGGCCCAGCCUCUGGCUGAACCUGCCCCAGACCCUGAGUCAGACAGCACGUGCCAGCCGCCCACCAAACAGAUGAGGCUCAAAAAGGCCAUUCACCUUAAGAAGCUCAAUUUCCUGAAGUCACAGACAUCUGCAGAGCACAUUGCUGAACCCACGUCGGGUGAGGGUCUAACCCAGAGGAUCGGCCCUGCUAGUGACACCAUAGAGAAAGCCAGCAGUCAGAGCGCUGGGGAGAAGGAACACGAAGGGCCCGGCAGUUCCGACAGCUUUCCCUGCAUUAUCAAAACGGAGCGGCCCGAAGCCCUGGAGCCUCCCGAGGACCAGUCCCCGACGCCGCAGUCCCCGUGGCAGUACGCGUGCGACCUGUGCGGGAAGCCUUUCAAACACCCGAGCAACCUGGAGCUUCACAAACGGUCCCAUACAGGUGAGAAACCUUUUGAAUGUAACAUUUGUGGGAAACAUUUCUCUCAGGCAGGUAACUUGCAGACUCACUUGCGUCGGCAUUCUGGUGAAAAACCCUACAUCUGCGAAGUCUGUGGCAAGAGGUUUGCAGCCUCGGGGGACGUCCAGCGUCACAUCGUCAUCCACUCGGGGGAGAAGCCGCACCUGUGUGACACCUGUGGCCGAGGCUUUAGUAACUUCAGCAACUUGAAGGAGCACAAGAAGACACACACGGCUGACAAGGUGUUCACCUGUGACGAGUGCGGGAAGUCCUUCAACAUGCAGAGGAAGCUGGUGAGGCACCGGGUCCGGCACACGGGGGAGCGGCCCUACAGCUGCACGGCCUGCGGGAAAAGUUUCGGGGGGUCCGGGGACCUCCGCAGGCACGUCCGCACGCACACCGGGGAGAAGCCGUACACGUGUGAGAUCUGUGACAAGUGCUUCACCCGCUCGGCUGUGCUGCGGCGGCACCGGCGGAUGCACUGCCGCGCGGACGACGGGGGCCGGGACGCGCUGCGGGAGCUCGCCCACGCCUUCAAGGCCUCCAACCUGGACAGGGCUCCCGGCUCCGACUCCUUCUCCCAGGACGUGUCUGUGGCUUUGAUGCCCGUGUCUGUGAAGCUCCCCAUCCACCCGGUGGACGAGCCCGAGACAGAAUUUGACGGCCACUCUGCCGGCCCCUACUGUAAGUUCCGGUCCACGCCUCAGCCACGUGGGCUCGGCCACCCGGGGAAGCUCAGUGCGGACCCUGGCAAACUCGCCAAGGCCCCCGGGCAGCACACGCAGCCUCAGGCCUUCGCUCACUCGGCCGCCGCCGCCUCCCCCGGCGACGGGCCGCCGCCCACGGACAGCAUGGCCAUCGGCCGCCCGUCUCUGGCCACUCUGGACAAUCACUGUGGCGACCCCCUGGGCAGCCGGGCGUCGGGCGCGGCGCACAGGAACGCCGAAGGGCCCUUCUUCUCCAGCAUGACUCUGUGGGGGCUGGCGAUGAAGACGCUGCAGAACGAGGGCGAGCUGGACCAGUGAUGCCGGCGCCUCGCUGCCACGCCAGCGACGCUGGUGCCGUGGCGCUGGGCCAGUGACACCAACACUGUGACACCGCUCAGCUGCGGACGCUGGUCCCGGAGGCCGGUGUCCAGGAGGCAGCCGCCCCUGCGCCGCCCUCUCACAGCCUGGCACGGGGGCGGGUCCCUCCUGACAGCCGGUAACUGGGACCCGCCUGAGCGUGGGGCUUGGGCGGAAAGGCCCGGCUCACUGUAGAAGCAGACGCCAGAGGGGAGCUGGGGAGCCGUCCACUGACUCGUUGGCAUGAUGGCGUGUGGACUUGGGGGCAGCUGCUGUACAUUGUGGUCAUGCUAAAGGGAAAACAUAUAUAUACACACACAUAUGUAUAAUACAAGUAUUUUUACGUGAUUGAAAUUUAUAGCAUUUUCUAUUUACAGAUUUUAUUUGUAUAUGAAACUCAUACUAUAAUUUAAUUGGAAUAAAUGAAACUUGCCUUGCUAU